ACCGAAAGAGCAGCAAAUAAUACGCUCUAGCAAAUAAGAGAACGGACGUUAAAAGCCGUUGAACGUUUUAUCAUCGUAUCCACGAAAGCGGCACAUGAAAUGAACAUUGAAAUGCAUCUAGUGGUUUGUGCUUUGGUGAUCCUUACCAGAUCAUCGCAGACAAAGGGUAGGUGUCGGUGUGUGUGCUGUGUUUAGAAUAGACAGCCCGCUGAGAAUAUAUAUUUUGUGCUUGUCAUUCAGUUUACUUUAUCAUCACAAAAUAUUCUGAAGAUAGUUAUUCUGAUAUUCUGAUGACAAUUUGUAUAAUGUAGGCUAAACGUAAAUGUAAUGUUACCAAUUUAAUUUGGCAGUGUUUAUCGACUGGUCAUACACUAGGGCUACCUGUCAGUGCGGGUUAUUAUGAGGUUAUUAUAGGUAAGGAUAUUUUUAUUGACAUAAGAGGCCAAUAGGAACAUUCUUUGAAUUUCUCAACAUAUUUUGCCUGAUCUUUUGCUUGAUAUCAGGGUUGGGGUUCAAUUCUAUUCUAAUUGUAUUACUUCUCCCUGUAAAUUUAAUUAAAUUCAAAUUCCAGGACAGUCUUUGAAUUCAGAGAUAAUUCAAUUCCAAUAUUAGGUAAAUUCCAUUAAUUCCAUUCCUAAUUCAAUAUUAUGAACAAAACAAUUCCACAAAUUUGAAUUCAAUUCCCUCAGGGUUUGAGGCUGAUCAUUUCACUGUUCAGACAGCCUCGCUAUAAUGGAAAUAUAGAAAUUCAAGUUUAAAUUAUUUAAAACAAAUCCUGUAGUCAAAUUUGUUAUACUAAGUGGAUUAAUUCCAUUAACUGGGAAAUGUACAAAUAUUGAAUUCCAAUUCAAUUCCAAAGAUUAAAUGUGUUUACAAUUAAAAUUCAAUUUCAAUUCAUUAGUGAAUUCAAUAAUAUAAUUGGAAUUUCAAAUUAAAUUGGAAUUUAACCUAACCCUGCUUGAUAUACUUAAUCAGUUAUUCUUGUGAGUAUUGCAUUCUUAUUUAAAUACAUACUCGUUCAGUACUAUAGUCUCAUAUUCCAGUAAGCCUAUGAAAACAUGUUUUUGUAUAGCCUAUUGCAUUUGGAUUGUUUGCCAACUGCUCUUAUUAUGAAUAUUUCAUAACAUAAGUAUAUCAUAUGACAUGAUCAACAGCAGAUCAAUUAGUAUUGCUGAUAAGAAUGGAAGAUGAAAUGAUGUACCCCCUCUCAGCAAUAGCCACGGAUGCCUAAUUAUAUAACACCACAGUGCUACAGGCCACUGACACAUUAACUAUUCAACACUCAAUAUUCUUAAACAAUGAACAAUUCAAUGGCAUUUGAACAUACACUAGACAUACAUGAAAAUGCCAACAAUCAUGACCAGAGCCCUGAGUUCUUCCUGCUCAGGUUAAGUGGAAAGGAAAAAUAAUCAAUAAAUAUGUAUUUCCCAGUCAUGCUUUUGUAAUGUCUACCAGUAUCAGUAAUUCAUCUAUUCACAACAACAUGGAGAACCAGGACAUUAUAUUUAUACAGCGACAUCAUCAUUAUUUUCUUGUAGGCCAGAGUACUGCUUUGCCCCCUGUCUUCAUCCCAGUUAGCCUCCAGCGUGAGGACGUGUCUACUGCAUCCCAAGCCCUCCCAAUUAUCAAUGAAGAUGGGGAUCCGAGGCCAGAGCCAGGUCCUGCCAAUCAGACCUCACCAGACCAAGCGGAUAGAGCCCCAACCAAACCAGCUGUUACCAACAGCGACAAGCUGCACCAAUCAGAUUCUGUUACAGAUGCUGGUGACAGCGAUGACAUGGCUGUGACCAAUCAGAUGACCAAGUCUCCAGCUGCACACACAGUCAACACUGUUACCACCACCCAAGACAAUGCCACUCUCGCAGCCGUUCCAGAUGGCUCCUCCUCCUCAUCCCCUGUGAAGAGCACCUCCCCUGCAGGACUGCCCUCCAUCCUAGGGGACACUACUAGCCACCCCUCCAACCUAGGGGACACUACUAGCCACCCAUCCACCCUAGGGGGCACUACCCACCCUGGUUUCGCUGGAGGCCACCUCACCACCUCUACUCCUCCUGCCUUAGAUACCAACCUACUUCCAUCCCAUGUUUUAAUACCGAUCCAGUCCUCUGUCCAACCCAGCACCCUUGCCCUGAUCCCUUCCCCAACCCAACCCCUCACCAUGGAGCACCCCCAGACCUCUGCCCCAGUCCACAUCCCUGUCAGCCCACCUCAACAGGAGGUUCCAUCGGAGCUCAAUGUUGGAGAUGAGGACAAAGGGCCACAUCUCCACUCUCCUCUGGACCCUGUGCUGGCUGGCCUGGUCUCUGUCUUCAUUGUCACCACAGCCGUAGUCUCUGUCAUCCUCUUCCUCAAGUUCCGCCAACGAACCGACCACCCGGACUUCCACCGGCUGCAGGAUCUACCUAUGGAUGACUUGAUGGAAGACACGCCACUUUCCAGAUACACUUACACUUACUGAUGAUGGAAACUUUUCAUCAACAACAGUCAACUUUUCUUCUAGCACAGCUACAAAGCAGACACCCAAUGGGCUGCCAUUUUGGAUCCUGGCAAAGCUUUUGACUGGACUCGACUGCCAGUGCCCAUGUUGACUCCCUAUGAUUCCCCCUUCUGAGCAGUUUCCAAUUUGAUUGUGUUCUGUUAACAAUGAGAGGGCUUUAAAUACCCAAUGAGGAGUUUCAAAACUAGGCCAACAUCAGAGGUUUCAACAUUAAGCCAACAUCAGAGGUUCCGUUUAAACAUUAGACCAACACCCUCAAUAUUCCCUUUGAAACUCUCGGACCACUCAUCUCCACAGGGGUCUGUUUUGUUCUUCAGAGACGAGUUCCCUUUGUAAUGCACCCCUCCUCCUGAUACAGGUCAUGCACAGCACAGGCUGCACUUUAAUGUGUUAUAGAAACAGUCACAGUGCUCUCACAGUCUCCAAAGCCACUAAAUGAGUUGGUACUGUAUGAAGAAGACACAAUGUCACGUUGGAUGUUGUUGCCUGAGUCCAGGAGCGAGGGAAAAUGGAAAGGGAGUGAAAGAUGGUUACUGUAGAGGUACUUGAUUUAAAUGUUUAUCAGUCUCCCAUAAACCAUGUUAUAGAACUAUUCUAAUCCUUGAACUGACCAAAUAUGAGUGAAGUGCUCUUUCAAACCAGAAUGCCUAGUGGGUUGAAAAACAUCCAUCCUUGGUCUUACUUGAUAGCCAGUAAACAUUCUGUAAAUGUAACCCAAAACAGUCAGAGAAACAGUCAGCUUCUCUGCAUUCGUUGGUUAAUUAGAUUAGGGGUGUAGAAAGGCAGGGGCGGCUGAUCAAUUUUUAGCCCAGUGGGCCUGUCUAACUUUUUUUGUUUUGUUUUUUUGCGCAAAAUAUUUACUUGGUAUUUAAGAGUGUCUCAGAAAAUGAUCCUUUAAGUUAAUUGGAAAUAAUAAAAUGCAGAAACAGCAGAGUAUGUAUUAGAACUAUGAGAUUUUAAGUUACAUUUAGAUUGAAAAUGACCUGAAGAAAAUUACUUUUUGUCGUGCACUGCAACAAAUCAUAUUUACAGUGUUUAAGUGUUUUACCUGUAAGUGCCAAUAGUGAUGUAAGAGGUUGACAUACAGAUUCAGGGUUAACUGUAAAAAAUGAACAUUUAAGGACUUUUUUAAUAAAUAAACCUAAACCCUU